UUGUAAUGCACAACUGAACGUCAUUUAUCCAGAAAAAAAGAAAAUAAAUAAAUAAAUAAAUAAACUAACACGGUAUAAAACCGCAGGAGUAGGAAACAGCCAGUGGGAUGCCAUAAGGAGCACUGGCUGACACGAAUCGUGUGUUGUGUGAUGCUCUGGACGCAGUGAAACCGGUCUUUAGAGGGUUAAAUUUCACUUUGAGGGGGAGUUACCGAAUCUGCAGUAACAUCGGAGCGCAUUCCAGAGAGCUGCCAACAUCCCGGGAAUAAGACCUUCAGCGUCAACAUCUCACAGCCACAUCACGGGAAUAUACCGCACUACCGGCCACGCGUCGACUGUCUCGUCAAGCCGCGUUUUCUCCGCCGGUUCGGAGUAUGCGAGCUCCGCUUACUGUCUCCACGUAGCGCAGGCACAGCUGAUGAUGGUUCACUGCUGAGUCCAGCUGCACAGAGGAGAGAGUGAGAGAGUGCUGAUCCUGAACUGAUUCCGUCUUCACACCCGCUGCAUGCGCACAAGGCUGGCCUCCAAACAUGUCUGCAGAAGUGGAAACCAGCACACCUCCGGUCGAGCAGCCACCUUUUAAGACGCCCUCCAAAAAAGAAAAGAAGAAGGCUGCAGCGAGUCCAGAGAAAACAGAUGAGUUUCUCCUAGCCAGGUUCAAAGGUAAUGGAGUUCGCUACAAAGCCAAGCUGAUCGGUGUAGAUGAUGUGCCUGAAGCAAGAGGAGACAAAAUGAGCCAAGACUCUAUGAUGAAACUGAAGGGCAAGGCGGUGGCAGCUCGCUCUCAGGGCAAGCACAAGCAGAGAGUCUGGGUGAACAUCUCUCUUUCGGGAAUCACUGUCACUGAUGAGAAAACUGGGGCAGCAAUACUGGAGCAUGCAGUAAAUAAGAUCUCCUUCAUAGCCCGGGAUGUCACUGACAGCAGAGCUUUCGGCUACGUGUGUGGCGCGGAGGGCCAGCACCAGUUCUUCGCUAUUAAAACAGCACAGCAGGCGGAGCCUCUUGUCAUUGACCUGAAGGAUCUUUUCCAGUUAAUCUUCAAUAUGAAGAAAAAAGAAGUCGAGGGGUCGAAGAAGGAUGAAAAUAAUAAAGUGGUGGAGAACGGCAGCGAAGGCUCGCACAAUGACAGAAAAGGCGUUGAACAGCUGGACUUGUUUGGAGACAUGUCGACCCCACCAGACUUAAACUCUCCCUCGUCAGAGGACAUCCUACUGAUGGAUCUGUCCACCGAGAUAGACAGCAAUCAGAACUGCGUUAAAGGAAACCCGUUCACCUCGUCUUGUGUCUCCAGAGCCCAGUCCAGCCUCACGCCUGAGAACCCCUUCACCUCUCAGCUCAGCUUCUUCCCCACCCCGAUCCAUGACCCGUUCAGCGACGACCCAUUUUACAAAAAAAGCGACGACCAAUCGAUCCGGGAUGACCCCGCCAACCACAGCCCUAAUAGCUUGUUCAAUGGUGGCCCUAAAAAUGGUGACUCGGACUAUUUGGGCCAGCAGUUUGACCAGCUCUCCAACAGAACGGUCAUUCAGGCCCUCAGUAAUGGCCAGUGGCCGGUAGACGGCAGAGCUGGAGAAACCACUAACUGGACUCAAAACACCGUCCCGGUUCAAGAGCAGAAUGGACAUGGGAACGGGAUGCCAAAUCCGUUUGUGGAGAAGAUGCAGAAUGGAGUGAAGCAUGAGAACGGAGGGACUGAAGAGUCGCAUGUCCAUCAGGCCAAGGAUUCUGUCAUUAUUUGCCCUCCACCACUCAAUAUGAAGGCUGGAAGAGGCAGGAGGAGUGUAAAGUCUCCUUCAAAUGAAAACCUUGGAAUGGCUUCAUUUGUUUCAGCAGAGCAGUCUGAAUCUCCACCUCCUCCACCUGAGAGCUGCUCCGUCAGCAGUCUGUUCAGCAGGAGCCCUUCCUCCACAGACACACUCACAGAUCUGGAAGGCUUGUCUCUUCAAGCUCCAUCAGGAUCUUCUCUGUGGAAUCAGCCGCUCGCUUCUAUCUUCAGCGUCUCCCAGCCCUUCACUCAGGCUCCAGUCUUCUCCUCUUCUCCUGGCUCUGUCUGGGCAAAUGCUCCUGCAGGUUUUGGAUCCUCCACCGUUUCCCAACAGCUUCCAUCAUGGAGUGCCGCCCCAGUUUCCAAUGGAUCCAAUGGUUCUUGGAGCCCUCAUCCAACUCUGGGAAACCCAUUCCAAAGCAGCGUAUUUCCAGAUGGACAGCAGAGCUCCAGUCCUCCUCCACUGGUUCCCCCGCGGCCAGUGGCCACCAAAGAAGCUCCAAAGGUGGACAGUAACGCUUUUGUUGACUUGGAUCCUCUAGGAGAAAAGGAGAAGAGAGAUAUCAAGGACAUGUUUAAGGAUUUCCAGAUGGCCAAGCCACCAAAUGUGCCAGCAAGGAAAGAGCCAUUGAAAAUUGGAGGUCAGAACCCAUUCGACAACUCCUAUGGAAAAGAUCCGUUUGGCACAUCUGUACCUGCAACUAGCGCUCCUCCCAUAAAAGCAGUGGGCUUAGAUUCUUUCAGAGACCCAUUUGGAAACCCAUUUGCAUGAUAGCCGUUCACCCUGAUGACUCCAUAGGGUCCAAACUAAAAGAAUCAUUGAACAAGAAAUUAUGCAAAAGCAAUUCCAUCCCAGAUGUUUCUUACAGCUUUAUAAUGUUUUGGAUACAGCAGCACCGGUUUUAUGUAGCUUUUCCACUAAAGUGCAUCCCGUUGAAGAGCAGGUCUCUUAGCUCUGAUGUCACAGCCAAAUCAAGCGUCUGCAAACCUCCAGCUUUUAUAAACCAGCAUCACAUCUGUAUGUUGGUUGAGGACAGGCUGAAAAGAAACCAUCAUCCAGUUAUGGUUUCCUGCUAAAACACGGAUUUCACUGCAGUUUGCCUGUGAAUGACAACAUGGUCAUUCAUGGAGUGGUUUUGUUUUCUGCACUAAAAGCACUCAGAAACAAUUUAGUCACGUCUCCUUUGAGGACUUUUUCUAUAUUGCAGUAUUAUAUAUUGACUUUGUGUUUACUCUUCCACAUUUAUCGAAAGCUUUAGGGCAUGCGAUUGGUCACUACUUUUGACAGAUGAACAAAUUCCAUGUUUUUGUUUGUUUGUUUAAAUCCAGUUUAAAGGGUUAGUUCACUCAAACAUUUAAAACGUGCUAUUAAUUAUUUAAACUCAAGUCGUUCCAAACUCUUGAGACAUUUAUUCAUCUUCAGAACACAAAUUUAAGAUAUUUUAAAUGAAAUCAAAGAGCUCCAGGCCUGUCACAAUAAGGAAUUUUUGUUGUGCAAUAUAUUGUAAUAGAAAUUGCUGCAAUAAGCAAUAUUAUUGUCAUUUUGAGAUGGAUUUAUGCCACUGACUAUCUAAUGAUAUAAUUAUAUUAUAUCAUUAUUAUUAUAUAUAAAUUUAUAUUACAGCAUAAUAAUGCAUAUAGCCAUAAAUGCUUUAAAAUGCUUAACAUUUUUUUAAAUUAUUUAGAUUAUAUAAUUUGAUGUUAAAAAGGUAAAUGUCCUAUUGUAUAUACACUAUUAAAUGUCCUGUUAGGUAAAUGUCCAAAUAUAAAGUUUGACACUGGGUAGGUGGAAUGUAAAUGUCAGUGUAAAAUUGCUUUAACAUUAUUUGUGAAUUUGUAAAUACAUAUUGCAAGGGUAAAAGUAAUUGAGGUCAUCUCCAAGUAUUGCAUGAUAAAUCAAAACAUUGAUUAUUGUGACAGGCCUAGAGAGCUCCCUCAUCCUCCAUAGACAGCAAUGGUUCCAAGAAAUUCAACGUAGUGAAAAAGAAAUACUGUCAAAACAUCGAUUUCAGUGGUUCAAAAAUAAUCAUAUGAAGCUCCAAGAAUGCUUUUUUGUUCAAAGUUUUUGUUUUUUCUGUUAUACAGAGCAAACAAAAAUGAAGUACCCCUUUCCCAGAACACCAGAUCUAGGAACAAUAUGUAAUCAAACGUUCAGUUCUACCAGAAAGACUUUAGGAGGCAGAUAAACGUUUAAACAUUUAUUGUGAAUUGUUUGCAUAAAUGUCAGUUUGUUACGGUCCUUUCAUAAAGUCCUUUGGCGUAAGCCCCGUCUAUAGUGCAGAACUCUGGAUGAGCUGGCAGAUCCUACCUGAAGAUGAAUGCAGGGCGAAGCCAUCCCCCUGAGUGGAGACGAGGCCGACCUGGUGGUGGUGGUGAUGGAGAGGAUAGAGGGAAACUUCCGCAACGUCACCUGAGUACAGCGAUUGUUUAGAUGGGCUUGCAUAUAGCUUGCUUGGUUGUUAUAGGCGGACGAGAUAAUUAAUAUGAAUGACGUGACAUCUCAAUCUUCCUGUCAGAACUCUCGCUAAAGCUUUUAUAGAAAAUAAACGAUGAAAACAUGACAAGAAAAUAUGACACUAGUUCCUUUUUUCUCAUAUUGUCAUGUUGUGUGCGUCCAUUUACAUCACAACAGACCCUUUGAUAGUAUGCCUUAUUUUCUUCAACUUAAGAUGAGACAUCACUUCUCUUAUCCAGUGAUUACCUGUUGGUGGAAUAGAUAACAAUAUCUGUCUUCUAGCAGGAGAACAAAAGGCUAACAUUUGAAUUUGUCUUAUAUUGAGAGGAGCGUUUUCAGGGGCCACCCCGAACUACGCAAGAAAUGGUGAUGGCUCUACUACCACCCCAAAUGCCACAGAAAAGGUCUCAUAAUAAUUCAGUAUAUGUAAAGCUUUGGACAUGUCCAGAACAUGUGCAGCAGAGUAAUUAAUUAAUUAAAUGAAUACGAUUGUUCUCAUUUUUGGUGAACUAACCAUUUAAAUAGGAUUGUUCCAAACCCAAGCUGACAUGAUGGGACAGUGGCGAGAUGAUGUGUAUAUAAUAUCUGUCUGUAUACUUUAAUAUGAUUGUGCAAUCAACAUCUGAUGGUGUCCUCUAUACUGAUGACCACAUGAUACAAACUGUACUGACACGUUCAUUACAAAGAAAAUAAUAACAACGACUCGAAUCAGUUUAUAUUUGAGCUGAAUGAAUCCCCUUGCGAGAUGUUAUUUUAUUGCAUCCGCAUUCAGUGUUCUGUUAUUUGUGACGUUUCAUCAGGUUAAAAUUUCUGUUUUGGUAUUGAUUUGACAUUGUCUCAAAUGAUUAGUCUUUAAUUGCAACCACUGGCAUGUUGUCAGUGGUGCUGCAGAUAUAAAUACUUUGUAUUCAUGGUGUAGGAGGACGAUGCUUGUGUAUUUUAAAGCCUUUUUUACGUGAUCAUCCAGAAUGCUUCAGGUAAUACUUGAUAUAAGCAUUUUGAUGUGUCUGUCUGAUCAUUGGUGAGAUUUUACAACACUGCUAAUUGAUAGUUGGGAAUAUAAUCAUUUCCCACAAGAGAAAAUUAAGUGGACAAGCAAAUGAUAUUGUGAGGCUUAACAGUGUAACGGAUAUGUGUUCAUCUCAGUGGAUUUAUGAUUUUGCAAAAAUAAAAACAGGAACGUGUGUACUGUACUGACUGUACUGGAUGUUGAAGCCUUGUCAGAGUGAACUAUGUGAAUCGUGUGUGUGUGUGUGUGUGUACAUAUAUAAAUAUCUGCUCUGUUAUGCACUAUGCCAUCUCUACCUUGUAUGAUAUAGAACUAAGGUGUUUUCAAGAUGUAGUCGCUGCAAUAAACUGGAAUUUUAGUUAGUGGGAAUAGAUUCAGAACUGUCUUAUUUAUCUUUUACAAACUUUGUAUUCAAGUCUGGAAGACCGGUAAUGUCUGCUUCACAAUAAAGUGAGGACUGGAUGAAUAAAA